UGAUGGAGGAGGGAGAAGGGUUGGGGUGUCGUCUAUGGUGGAUGGGUGGAGGUGAUGGAGGAAGAAGAAGGAUUGAGGUGGUUGGCUAUGGCGGAUGGGUGACAYYGGGGCACUGCCACGACGCAGUGCCAGGCUUGCAGUUCGUGCCCGCUCUGUGGUACCUCCCCGAACCAAGGCUCAGCGACUCAGCAAGCGGAAGACUCCAGCAGCAUCAAGUACAACAAUGACAGUGUCGGUUACCACCGGGGUUCUUCCCCCAUGCCCGGUCCAAGGGGCCAGUGAGCCAUUGGCGGCUUACUUUCAGCGAGUACAGGCAUUCACGGAUGCCGUAGCUACCGCAAAGGUACAAAAGGCAGCAGAGGAGGAAUGUCAGCGGCUGGCUAGUGAGGCGGCAGCCCAAGCUCAGCGGACUGCUGAGGAUGACUUCGUGGUGCGAGAUAAGCGGAACGCCAUUUGCAUGGAGUCCUUGACUGUGAAUGAGAGUAAGUGGACAACACUGCUCCAAGGCAUGCUGUUUGUGCCUUCGGAUACACAGGCGGAUCCGACACCGGCGGAGGAAGAAAGGAGCAACCUGGCUAACCUGAUGUUGAAUAUGAUGCGAGCGAUCAUGUGGAACAAUACGAUGUUAAUGGUGCAAAUACACGAGGGAAGACAACUGCGACAGAUUCAGCAGAAUGAUUCUGCAGCCUUAACAACUGCUGUUCGUGCUGUCGCCACACAUCAGCAACAACAGCAACAUUUGUUGAGCACCACCACCGCACGCAUCAACAGCAUCGAGGCUAAGGCCUCAGCAGCGCCAAACUGCACGACGGACACGGCGAAACAGCUCAAUGAGCGCAUCGACCAUGUCGUCAGUUUAAUCGGCGAACUCAGUGAUUUCACCGGUCCAACUACGAUCAGCAGCACGGUGGCCGCCAUGAAGACGGACAUCACCAAGCCGUUGUCGCAACCGGCAGCAGCUGCGAAGGUAUACAAGAUGCCACGGUUCAACAUCGACAAGUUUGAGGAGUACAACAAGACCGACGCUUUGACAUGGUGGCAAGCCUUCCUCACGGAAGCAUCAUGCCACAAGGUCCCAGUCGAAGACAUGAUGAAGGCCAUAUACCUCCAACUCAUUGGAGGGGCACAAGCCUGGAUGAACCACCUCGCAGUCAACAAGAAGACCACGAUCGCCGAGCUACACAAACACCUCACGUGGGAGGAGUUUGAACAGCUGUGGUUCACUCACUUCAUGGUCCGCAACGUCGUAAAGGCGGCCAUGAACGAGGUCGACACAUGCUCACAAGGAAACAUGCCAACUCGAGACUGGACAGUAAAGUGGCAGAAGAUAGUGACCACGCCACGCUUCGAUUUGAGUCUUGGCCCGCACGUUCGAAGGAAGAUGCAACCUACGCAAGUUACACUCAUGGACGACCACACGCAAAAGUCAAUUGACCGAUGCGUCGACGACGUUCCGGUAUACUUUGCGCCAGUUGCGUGCGAGCCGGUGUCUUUUGACAUCCUCGACACCAAGUUCGACAUGAUUCUAGGCAUGUCUUGGUUGCGUAGCGCCGAUCAUCCGGUGAACUUUCAUGACCGAACCGUUCACAUCCGUGAUCGGAACGGAGUGUUAGUCCCAUGCACGGUCGCGACCCCUCACACUUCGAUUGCUUGUUACGUGGUUUCCGUUGCAAGAAUUCGCGACGCCAUAGCUCGGAAUGACGUCGAGGAGAUGGACCUUGUAUUCUUGCAUGCUCUCCCCUCGCCGGACGGACCAACCGCGUCACCGCUGGACCCACGAAUUUCUCACCUCUUGGACGAGUAUAGAGACGUCUUCGAGGCUCCCACCGGAACGGUUCCGGAUCGGCCCAUACGUCACGGGAUCACUCUCGAGGCUGGCGCCGUCCCUCCGCGUGGAUGUAUCUACCGCAUGAGCGAAGAGGAACUCGAGGUGCUUCGCGCACAACUCGAUGAYCUUCUCGACAAGGGCUGGAUUCGUCCUAGUUGCUCGCCAUACGGUGCACCUGCUCUCUUCGUCCGGAGGAAGAACAAAAAUCUACGGUUAUGCAUCGAUUAUCAAGAACUUAACGCACAAACCGUAAUGAACGCCGGCCCUCUUCCUCGGAUCGAUGAUCUCCUUGAGCGGUUAGGCGGCGCGACGUACGUCUCGAAGUUGGACUUGAAGUCGGGUUACCACCAGAUUGAAAUCCAGCUCAAGAUCAGUACAAGACCGCGUUCAAGACGCGCGUUGGAGCUCGCACGACUCUUGCACACCGGUUGGAUUACCAACCAGGGUGUUCUGGAAGACAUAGUGAGCAACCGAGAUACUCGCUUCAUGUCGGCCUUUUGGACUUCCCUCAUGGCUGAGUCCGAUAUGACAAUGAAACCGAGCUCGGCUCGACAUCCGCAAACGGAUGGCCAGACGGAGCGAGCGCACCAGACCCCUCAGAUGAUGUUGCGUACACUCAUCCGUCCCGACCAGAAAGAUUGGGUUGACCGGCUUCCCGACAUCGAGUUCGCCUAUAACACUUCGGUGCACCCGGUGAUCUGCGUCACACCAUUCGAGCUACAUCAUGGUGGAGAGAAAGCACGAAUCUUUGUUGAUCUCCUUUUGCCACAAGCUGCCGACAUAGACGUCCCUUGCUCUCCCACUAUUGUUCGGAAGUACCGGGACUUGCUGAUCAAAGCCCACGCGAAUACGCAAAAGGCUCAAAUCCGCAUGCAACAACAAGCUAACCGACGUCGACUUCCAUGUCCUUUCCACGAGGGAGACCUUGUUUGGGUCCUCUCCGAGGAAUUUGCGCUCGAGCAGGACGUUUCGCGCAAACUCCUUCCGAAAUGGUUCGGACCAUGGGAAGUCACUUCUACCGUUGGAGACGACCCCGCAGGUCCUUCCUUUGUGGUCAACAUUCUUCCGCACCUUCCAGUGCACCGGGUCUUCCACGCAUCGAAGCUGGCCAUCUACACGCUACCUUCCGCCAACGAGUUUCCCGGUCGUCGAUCACAGGAUCCGCCUUCUAUGGACGGACAUCAGGAAGUAGACCGAGUCAUCAUGCACCGCAAGUAUGGCAACAAGCCAAUGCAGUACAAAGUCACAUUCAAGCAAUGCGCGCCUGACGACACUCGGUGGAUCUCUAGUGCAGACUUGCAGACUUCUGCACCCCUUAUCUUCGCCUACUAUGAGAAGCGAUGCCUUGCCAAGGAAGCAGCUCGUCCCACCCGACCCAUCCCGGUAUCGGACAAACAACUUCGCCCUCACAAGUAGCUCGGUCUUUUAAGAGGGGGAGUGUGUUACAUCUUCGACGCCACACUUAGGGCCAGAGGGACACAUUAGGGCCUAAAGGCCCGACCU